GCUCCUGAUGCUGCUGCAAACCCGUUCUCUGGGAGUUUGAGGGAGUUUGAAGACAGUACUUAACGUUAUCAGAUAAUUAAUUAGACACCCCAUAAGCCCGGAAAUCAAUUAAUUCACAAAUCAAUAAAUCCAUAGUCUGGUGUAACAAGAGACCUUCCAGACUAGCUAGCGCGGCUGUUGAACAACAAUAACAAGAGAAGAAGAAGAACAACAACAACAACAAAAGGGCGAGAAGUGCACAUUUAUUUCCUGAAUUUGAAAGAUGGAUGGGAGUCUAGGGGAGAUGUCGCUCCACAGCCACAGCCACUCGGAUCUGGCGCACAGUCAGGACGGCAGGGCCAUGCUGCACUCGCGGGACCUUUCAGCUGCUUUCCCCAGGCCCUCCCUCGGGGGACCCUCCAUGUCUCUGGAGCACGAGCCCCGUCCGCCGGGCUUCGACCACUCCAUGUCCGCGUUGGGCUACAGCGGCGACUCCCCGUCCAGCUCCGGAAGCACCUACACCACCCUGACCCCCCUGCAGCCCUUUGAUGACAAGUUCCACCACCACCACCACCACCACCACCCAUGUCUCCCAGUCAGCAACGUCAUCGGCAGCUUCACCCUCAUGCGUGAGGACCGGGCGCACCUCAGCACCAACUUCUACAACCCCUACGGCAAAGAUCUCGCCAUGUCCCAAAACCUCUCGCCCCCCUCCACAGGUUCAGGCCUUGGCUCCUCCAUGCACGGCUACGGCAGCCCCAACGCCAACGGCGGCCAGAUGCUCCAUGGCGGCUAUGACGUCCACAGUGGGAGCCUUUUCUGCAGGACGUCAGAUUUCGGCCGUGAGAUGUCGCCACCGGGCCUGGGAGGAGGCGACGUGUCGGUGGGGCAUCAGCUGAACAAAAUGGAGGCUCACCAGCAUCCACCGAGCCACCACCCUCACCUCUACAGCCAGCACUACCAGCCUCACCAUCACCCCAGCCAGCAGGCCUCCAAGAUGUCCGAGCACCUGCACUCCGCCUCCUCAGCCGCGUCCUCGCCCGGAGAGGGCAUGCUGUCGGGCGGCGGUGGAGGCGGCGAGGAGAUCAACACCCGGGACGUGGCCCAGAGGAUCAUCACCGAGCUGAAGAGGUACAGCAUCCCCCAGGCCAUCUUUGCCGAGAGGGUGCUGUGUAGGUCACAGGGCACACUGUCUGACCUCCUGAGGAACCCCAAGCCCUGGGGCAAGCUCAAGUCCGGCCGCGAGACCUUUAAGAGGAUGUCCCGCUGGCUGCAGGAGCCCGAGUUUCAAAGGAUGGCCUCGCUCCGGCUAGAGGCUUGCAAGCGGAAGGAGCAGGAGCAGAGCAAGCUGGAACGCAACCAGGGCCCCAAGCGCACCCGACUGGUGUUCACGGACCUGCAGCGACGCACGCUCCUGGCCAUCUUCAGGGAGAACCACCGCCCCACCAAAGAGCUGCAGGUCACCAUCUCCCAGCAGCUCGGCCUCGAGCUCUCCACUGUCAGCAACUUCUUCAUGAACGCCCGCCGACGCAACGUCAACAAGUGGGCGGACGAGGGCCGUCCCUCCUCCACGGGUUCCUCGGGCUCCAGCGUCUCCUCCUCCGCAGUGUCCUGCAGCACGGCAUGAUGACCGAAUGCCGUGGAUGUGCGGCGGGGAGGGCGCCGAGGGAGCAAGGGGGCACAUAGACUGGUCUAGGCAGAGACCAGCCGUAAUAAAUGUCCUCCUCGUUAUCAGAAGGAGCGACGGAGCCAGCUACUAUAGAUGAUUUUAUGAAGACGAAGCAUUUUUCCCAAACCAAAGUUGAUCGCUCCCUUGAAAUGGAAGGGGGGCGAUACCCAGAGUGAUAUGAGCGCAGGAUGCGAGGGUCCUGCUUGUAUAGUCGAGGGCGCAAAAAUGAUUUGACUCAAAGACGAGUCACGCCCUCACAUAGACUUCAUCUCAUUGCGUUAUUUUGAUUAUCUAGAUUAGAGAUAAUGAGGGUAUUACAAAUCAGGAGAAAGCAUAUUUUGGUGUACCUUCAAAUCUGUAGUCAUCUCUCCAAACGUGAAGAAUCAAGAGGUGCCGUUUGCUCACACCUGGAGAGCGCCAUCGUGUAACUUUUUAAUCAAAAGUGUUCGCCAUCAUCCAAAGACGUUUAACCUCCCUUACUGUUCUUAUGGUUCCCUUUUUUUUCCUCACAAAUCAAGGUGAAAGAGGAAGGAAAGGUUUUUUUUUUUUUCUCUCUCUCAAGAACCUUAUUCCCCUUUCUUAGCAUGUGUUUCCAUGGCGACGGUUCCCAGGACUGUAUGGCAUUGUUCCAAGUUCCGAGCCUGGAAUUAUCAGGAGGGUUCUGUAGCGUCCGUGACUCCCAG